AUGAAGUUAGACACUACAUAUAUGAGAUACCUCAGUCCUGAUGACUGGAAGGUACUCCAAGCUGUUGAAAAAGGAUCAAAUAAUCACGAAGUUGUCCCGACGAAAUUGAUUGGGCAGUUGGCGCAUUUAAAGAGUGGAUUGGGUACGACAAACAAGUGUAUCGGAGACUUGGCCAAGAUCAAUUUAAUUUCGAGAUUACGAAAUGCAGCAUAUGAUGGCUAUAGAAUUACAUAUAACGGGUUUGAUUUUGUCGCCUUAAAGACAUUACACCAGCAUGGUAAUAUUGAAGAGUUAGAACAUACAAUUGGUGUUGGUAAGGAGUCCGAUAUCUAUAGUUGCAAGACAAAGGAUGGUGUCAAAAGGGUUUUGAAAAUCCACAGACUAGGUAGGAUCAGUUUUAGAACAGUUCGUAAUAAACGUGAUUACUUAAAGAUCGGUAAAGGUGGAUCAUGGAUGUAUCUAUCGAAGCUUGCUGCACAAAGAGAGUAUGAAUUCAUGAACAUACUAUACAGGAACGGAUUUGAUGUGCCGACCCCGUAUGACUGUUCCAGACACUUGGUGUUAAUGGAAUUGAUUCCUGGAUUUCCGAUGAGACAAUUAUACAACCAUCAUAAUUAUGAGAAAUUAUACUGUGAUUUGAUGAAGUUCAUUGUCAAGCUAGCAAAUAAUGGAUUAAUUCAUUGUGACUUCAACGAAUAUAAUAUCAUGAUUAUCGAUAAGGAGAUUGCGGAUAAAGAGGAGAAGAGAGACUUCAUUGUUAUCGAUUUCCCGCAAUGUAUUAGUAUUGAGCAUCCUGAUGCAUCCUUUUACUUCAAGAGAGAUGUGGAUUGUAUCCGGAGAUUUUUCAAGCGUCGAUUUGGAUAUAAACCCAAAAAAGUCGAUAACAUGAUGUUAGACGAGGACGGGUUUGGUAAUGGAUUCAAAUAUGGAUAUCCUGUGUUUGAAAGAGAUGUUGAAAGAGUUAAUGAUUUGGAUGUCCAAGUAAAAGCUUCUGGUUAUAAACGCAAGUUGAACAAUGAAGAUUUGGACCUACAAGGUGCUGUAAAGAGCAUGAACACUUCUGGGGAGGAGGAAUGGAACAGUGAUGACGAUGAUGAUGAAGAAAGUGACGAAAGUGACGAAAGUGAUUACUAUUCUUACGAUGAAGGCGAAGAAACAGAUGAUAGUGAGGGAGCCCAAGAGGGAGAGGAAGACGAAAAUGAACGAAUCAUUGAAGCUCUAAGUAGUGGUGUUGGUGAACUCAAGAUGGACUCUUUAGGUAAUUAUAUUCUUGAAUAG